AUAAAUGCAGAGCCAGAGGAAGCAAGUGGGAAAACAAAGACCAAAGUCAUCACUCUUGUCUUGUUUUCCUUUUUCUCAAACCAAACACCAAGAAGUGUGAAAUCAUGUCUCCUCCUCUCCAGUGGCUAACAAUCUCCUUUGCCCUAAUCCUCUUUCUGAGCUCUUCCACUGUUCUUUCCCAUUCCGAUCGGGUCACCCGUUUACCCGGUCAACCCCGGGUCGGAUUCCAGCAGUACUCCGGUUAUGUCACUGUGGACGACAAGAAACAGAGGGCUCUGUUUUAUUACUUCGCUGAGGCAGAAACUGAUCCUACCUCUAAGCCUCUCGUCCUCUGGCUCAAUGGAGGACCAGGAUGCUCAUCUUUGGGUGUUGGUGCAUUCUCAGAGAACGGACCCUUUAGACCCAAAGGACCAGUCUUGGUCAAGAAUCAGCAUAGCUGGAACCAAGAGGCUAAUAUGUUGUAUCUGGAGACACCUGUUGGAGUUGGAUUCUCUUAUUCAACUCAGAGCUCCUCUUAUGAGGGUGUCAAUGAUAAGAUCACUGCAAGAGACAACCUUGUGUUCUUGCAAAGGUGGUUCCUCAAGUUCCCUCAUUAUCUCAAUCGAAGUCUCUUCAUCACUGGUGAAAGCUAUGCUGGCCAUUAUGUUCCCCAGUUAGCUCAGCUUAUGAUUCAGUACAACAAGAAGCACCAUUUGUUCAAUCUCAGAGGAAUUGCUAUUGGCAAUCCGGUUCUGGAGUUUGAGACUGACUUCAAUUCGAGGGCUGAGUACUUCUGGUCUCAUGGCUUGAUAUCAGAUUCUACUUACAAAAUGUUUACAUCUUAUUGUAAUUACUCGCGCUACGUGAGUGAGUACUAUAGAGGGUCAAUGUCUAGUAUAUGCUCUAAAGUGAUGAGUCAAGUUAGCACUGAGACAAGUCGAUUUGUCGACAAAUAUGAUGUUACUCUCGAUGUCUGCAUUCCUUCUGUGCUAUCUCAAUCAAAAGUAGUAAGCCCUAACGUGGGAGAAUCUGUGGAUGUAUGUGUCGAAGAUGAGACUGUGAAGUAUCUAAACCGAAGAGAUGUCCAAGAAGCUCUUCAUGCUCGGCUCAUUGGAGUACGGGAAUGGACUGUUUGCAGCAAUGUGCUUGAUUACCAAUUGCUUGAUGUGGAAAUACCGACGAUUAAUAUCGUUGGGAGCCUUGUUAGAGCUGGAGUUCCAGUUCUUGUUUACAGUGGAGAUCAAGAUUCUGUGAUCCCUUUGACCGGAAGUAGAACCUUAGUGAGCAGAUUGGCCAAGCAAUUGGGACUGAGAACAACUGUGCCAUAUCGAGUCUGGUUUGCAGGACAACAGGUUGGCGGAUGGACCCAAGUCUAUGGGAAUGUCCUGUCAUUUGCAACAGUGCGAGGAGCUGCACACGAGGUCCCAUUCUCACAGCCUGAGAGAUCACUAGUGCUAUUCAAGGCGUUCCUGGACGGUCAUCCUCUCCCUGAAGAAUUCUGAUACUGACCAUGAUUUGUUGAGCUUAUGUAAGUAUAAGAAAAUAGAAUUUGGCAAAGGCUUAUCCUAAGAAUGGCUUAUUUGAAAAGAAUUUAAAAAAUCAGAAAGAUUUGUUUUUGUAAAGAUGUAAACCUUGUAGGAAGGAAGCUGUGUGUUCUUGGAAUUUGAGUGUUGUGUUUACUUUGAA